ACUUUCCACGGAAUUGUCACUAAUUGAACUACAAGUUUUGAUGGAUACAUUAAACCUUUAAUUCACAAGUAGUCUGUCAGAGUUUUAAGCAGCCUCUGGGGGUUGUUUAUCUGCUACCAGGGUGGUCAUGAGUAUAGUCACGUGGUUUGCUAUUUAUACAUAAAUAGUGCAGCAGCGCUAUCGAAACUGCGGAAGGUCGUCUGUCUGUCUGAUUGAGGGCAGGACGUUUCACAGGUGACCCUGCUGCUGAGGGAAAGUUGAAGCAUAAACCUGCUCUUUCUGGAAACCUUGAAAGCCAGAGAGAGUCUCAGGGCGGACGCUCAGUGGCCAUGUCGACCCUCCUGCGCUGCAUCUCCAGUUCUUCUGCCACUUUUUUCCAGCAAGGGGUCCGUCAGAAAUUACCUGGAAGGAGGCAAUUCAGGACUUUCCCUGUGUUAUGGGACCAACAGGCCUCCAAAGGUGUGCUCUACAAGGAUGUGGUGGUUGGAGUUCCUAAGGAAACGUUACAGAAUGAGCGUCGUGUGGCGUUGUCACCCGCUGGCGUACAGGCGCUGGUCAAACAGGGCUUCAGGGUGCAGGUAGAGAGCGGAGCUGGAGAGGAUUCAAAGUUUUCUGACCAGCAGUACAGAGAUGCUGGAGCCACCAUCACUGACGUCAAGGGAGCCCUUGGCUCAGACCUGGUCCUCAAGGUUCGAGCCCCCAGUUUGACCGAGGCAGACCUCCUGAAGCCUAAGUCCACUCUGGUGAGCUUCAUCUAUCCAGCUCAGAACACAGAGCUGAUGAAGAAGCUCUCAGAGAGACACAGCACUGUGCUGGCCAUGGACCAGGUGCCCAGAGUCACCAUCGCACAGGGCUACGAUGCACUCAGCUCCAUGGCUAACAUUGCUGGAUAUAAGGCUGUGGUUCUGGCCGCCAACCACUUUGGCAGGUUCUUCACUGGUCAGAUCACAGCUGCAGGAAAAGUACCUCCAGCUAAGGUCUUGGUUAUUGGAGGCGGAGUGGCUGGUUUAGCAGCAGCAGGGGCAGCCAAGUCAAUGGGAGCCAUAGUCAGAGGAUUUGACACCAGACAGGCAGCUUUGGAGCAGUUCAAGUCAUUUGGGGCAGAGCCUUUAGAAGUGGACCUCAAAGAGUCUGGCGAGGGAGUCGGAGGAUAUGCCAAAGAGAUGUCUAAGGAGUUCAUUGAUGCUGAGAUGGCCCUGUUCGCCAAACAGUGUAAAGAGGUCGACAUUCUCAUCAGCACUGCCCUGAUUCCAGGAAAGCGGGCUCCCAUUCUGAUCAAGAGGGAGUUUGUGGAGACGAUGAAGGACGGCUCUGUGGUGGUGGAUCUGGCUGCAGAGGCGGGGGGCAACAUUGAGACCACCAGGCCUGGAGAGCUGCACAUUCACAAGAACGUAACACACAUUGGCUACACGGACCUGCCCAGCCGCAUGGCCACCCAGGCCAGCACUCUGUAUUCAAACAACAUACUGAAGCUGCUGAAGGCCAUCAGCCCAGACAAGGAAUACUUCCACUAUGAGCCUAAAGAGGAAUUCGACUAUGGAACAAUUGACCAUGUCAUCCGUGGGACUCUUGUUAUGAAGGAAGGCAAGAACAUGUUCCCGGCCCCCCUCCCUAAAACAACCCCCCCACAAGCACCGCCAAAACAAAAAACAGUCGCUGAGUUGGAGGCUGAGAAAGUGGCUGCGGUCUCUCCCUUCAACCGCACCAUGAACUCUGCUGGCAUCUACACUGCAGGUCUGUCCACCUGUCUGGCUCUGGGCAUCAUCUCUCCCAACGCAGCCUUCACUCAAAUGGUGACGACCUUCGGCCUGGCAGGAAUCGUGGGAUACCACACUGUGUGGGGCGUGACCCCCGCUCUGCACUCACCUUUAAUGUCUGUCACCAACGCCAUCUCCGGUCUGACAGCAGUAGGAGGUCUGGUUCUGAUGGGUGGAGGUCUCACACCCUCCAGCCUGCCCGAGAGUCUCGCUCUGGCUGCUGCCUUCGUUUCCUCCAUCAACAUUGCUGGUGGUUUCCUGAUCACCCAGAGGAUGUUGGACAUGUUCAAGCGUCCCACCGACCCUCCUGAGUACAACUACCUGUACAUGUUGCCCGGGGCUGCAUUCGUUGGGGGAUACGGAGCUUCGAUGGCAGCUGGAUACAACAUUGAGCAGAUGAUGUACUUGGGCUCAGGCUUGUGCUGUGUCGGCGCUCUGGCAGGCCUUUCAGCGCAGGGCACCAGUCGCUUGGGUAAUGCCCUGGGCAUGAUGGGAGUGGCAGGGGGCAUCGCCGCCACCCUUGGCGCCCUCAAACCUUCACCAGAACUGCUGUCACAGAUGUCACUGGCCAUGGCCACUGGAGGAACUCUGGGUCUGACCAUUGCCAAGCGUAUUGAAAUCUCAGACUUGCCUCAGCUUGUGGCGGCCUUCCACAGCCUUGUGGGGCUGGCAGCGGUUCUCACCUGCGUCGCAGAGUUCAUGAUCGAGUACCCUCACCUGGACACUCACCCAGCCGCAGGUGUACUCAAGACCGUGGCGUAUCUGGGCACUUACAUCGGAGGCGUCACUUUCAGUGGAUCGCUGGUGGCCUACGGCAAGCUUCAAGGCAUCCUGGACUCCGCCCCCCUGAUGUUGCCAGGACGCCACAUGUUAAAUGGUGGUCUGAUGGCAGCGUCAGUGGCAGGCAUGGUGCCCUUCAUGCUCAGUUCCAGCUAUGGCACAGGCAUGGGGUGUCUACUGGGGGUGUCUGGGCUUUCCACUGUUAUGGGUGUAACCCUGACAGCAGCCAUCGGAGGUGCUGACAUGCCCGUGGUCAUCACCGUGUUGAACAGCUACUCUGGAUGGGCGCUCUGUGCUGAAGGUUUCCUGCUAGACAACAAUCUCAUGACCAUCGUUGGAGCUCUGAUUGGCUCCUCUGGUGCCAUCCUCUCUUACAUCAUGUGUGUGGCAAUGAACCGCUCCCUGCCCAAUGUGAUCCUGGGUGGGUAUGGCACCACCUCCACAGCGGGCGGUAAGCCCAUGGAGAUUGUUGGCACUCACACUGAGGUCAAUGUGGACCAGACCAUUGACAUAAUUAAAGAAGCCAACAGCAUCAUCAUCACACCAGGCUGGGGUUUGUGUGCCGCAAAAGCCCAGUAUCCAAUUGCAGACAUGGUGAAGAUGCUGAAGGAACAAGGCAAGACUGUCAGGUUUGGUAUCCACCCAGUGGCCGGACGUAUGCCAGGCCAGUUGAAUGUCCUCUUGGCUGAGGCCGGCGUACCUUAUGAUGUGGUUUUGGAGAUGGAUGAGAUCAACGACGACUUCCCAGAGACAGACUUGACAUUGGUCAUCGGUGCCAACGACACUGUGAAUUCAGCAGCACAAGAGGAUCCCAACUCCAUUAUUGCUGGCAUGCCUGUCCUGGAGGUGUGGAAGUCCAAACAGGUGAUUGUGAUGAAGCGUACCUUGGGUGUGGGCUACGCUGCAGUAGAUAAUCCCAUUUUCUACAAGCCCAACACAUCUAUGUUGCUGGGAGACGCCAAGAAGACAUGCGACAGCCUCCAAGGCAAGAUCAGAGAGACCUUCUAUUAGUCACCCCUCACUAGCUUUGCCACGUAUACUUCUUGAGUCCAGUGACACAUUAACAGAUGCUCUAUUUCCAGCUUUGGACACAUUUUUGGAGAACAGAUAUAUUAGGUCUGCAACAAAUGAUAUUCUUUAUUCAAGAUGCCCAAGAUUCAAAGAGAUUUUUUCUGAAAAUGAGACAUGUAAAAUUCAAACUCAUAUGUAUUGAUUUGUAAAUAAAAAUAUUUAAAUGUA